AUGGCGGCUGGCUCUGGUGAUAGGGCCACUGGCCACCAACGGAUCGACCACAAGUUCAAUUUUGAGCUUUUCGAUUAUGAGACCCCUGAAAACUUUCAACCAUGUAUUAAACUCGAGUUCUUUUUCUACAAGCUGCCUGACGUCUCAUCAGAGCACUUUCACAAGCAUUAUGCGCACAUUCACUCCGACAUCACAGUGGCCGCUCGCAGUUUCGGGGCCCAUAAGGUCCAAAGAUACAUGCAACUGCACCAAACCCCAGAAAUGAAGGCGAGGGCCAAGGCUCUAGGCAUGGAUGUCUUUGACUACGACGACUGCUCGGCGCUCUGGUUCCAGAAAUGGGAGGACGCUGAAGCCUUCUUCGCAUCACCGGAGUACUCAUCACUGUCGGCAGACUGUGCGCAUUUCUUGGAUACUAGUCGCGGGACCAAGGUCAUGGCCGGACGCGAACUUACUGCGUUCGGCAAGGCUAUCCCAGAUGUCGACUCGACUGAUGGAAUCACCGAGUAUGUUAAGUAG